GGAUCCUACCCCAGAACCCCUCAUUAUCUGCCCCAUCACAGCUUCCUCCAAGACCCCAAAGCCUGCCCUCAGGGACCCCAGGUAGACCUAUCCUGCCUAACCCUCAUUCCUGUCCCCAUGACAAAGAUGCUCCUGGCCAGUCAGCCUCUCCCCUCCUCCUUACCCCAGCCACUUCCACAUUUCCCACUACUAGUUCCUCCUUGUACGUCAGAGUCACUAAACAGCUGGCUCCUCCUCACUUCCUCCUCCCUGGGGAUCAGACGUACUGUCCUACCCAGGGUUCCAUACCCAGGACCCUCUCUGGCCAAGGACAGCCCAUCAGUGGAUCUCAGCCCACUACUCAGAACCAGCUGCAGAGGGCUGCGAUGGGACGGAAGCCAUGAAUGGUGCCGCCUCCGGCCCCGCCGCCCCCGCCGCCCCGGUCCCGGUCCCGGUCCCGAUCCCGGACUGGCGGCAGUUCUGCGAGCUGCACGCACAGGCGGCCGCCGUGGACUUCGCGCACAAGUUCUGCCGUUUCCUGCGGGACAACCCGGCCUACGACACCCCGGACGCCGGGGCCUCCUUCUCCCGCCACUUCGCCGCCAACUUCCUGGACGCCUUCAGCGAGGAGGUGCGCCGCGUGCUGGCGGCCGAGCGCGCGGACGCCAUGGAGCCCCGGCCGGCGGCGCUCAAGGCGGCGGCGUGCGGCCACUCGCGGAGCUCCGAGGACGUGUCGGUGCGCGCGGCGGCCAAGGCCCGCGUCCGCAAGGGCUUCUCGCUGCGCAACAUGAGCCUGUGCGUGGUGGACGGCGUGCGCGACAUGUGGCACCGGCGCGCCUCGCCCGAGCCCGACGCCACCGCGCGGGCCCCCGAGCCCCCGGCCGACGCCCGCGACAGAUGGACGCGGCGCUGGCGGCUGUCGCGGACGCUCGCGGCCAAGGUGGAGCUGGUGGACAUCCAGCGCGAGGGCGCGCUGCGCUUCAUGGUGGCGGACGAUGCGGCCGCGGGCCCCGGGGCCGCCCAGUGGCAGAAGUGCCGCCUGCUCCUGCGCAGGGCCGUGGCCGGCGAGCGCUUCCGCCUGGAGUUCUUCGUCCCGCCCAAGGCCUCCAGGCCCAAGGUCAGCAUCCCCCUCUCCGCCAUUAUCGAGGUCCGUACCACCAUGCCCCUGGAGAUGCCCGAGAAGGACAACACGUUUGUGCUCAAGGUGGAGAAUGGAGCAGAGUACAUCCUGGAGACCAUCGACUCGCUGCAGAAGCACUCGUGGGUGGCUGACAUCCAGGGCUGCGUGGACCCUGGGGACAGCGAGGAAGACGCAGAGCUGUCCUGUGCCCGGGGAGGCUGUCUGGCCAGCCGCGUGGCCUCCUGCAGCUGUGAGCUCCUCACGGAGGCAGUGGACCUGCCCCGGCCCCCAGAGACAACCGCAGCCGUGGUGACAGCCCCACACAGCCGAGCUCGAGAUGCCGUCGGCGAGUCCCUGGUCCAUGUCCCACUGGAGACCUUCCUGGAGACUCUGGAAUCCCCGGGCGGCAGCGGUGGUGACAGCAAUAACACAGGGGAAGAGGGAGCAGAGCCCGAGCCCGAGGUGGCGCCUGAGCUGGAGCUCUCCGACUACCCCUGGUUCCACGGGACACUGUCCAGGGUCAAGGCAGCUCAGCUGGUGCUGGCAGGCGGGCCCCGGAGCCAUGGCCUCUUUGUGAUCCGCCAGAGUGAGACUCGGCCUGGGGAAUAUGUACUGACUUUCAACUUCCAAGGCAAGGCCAAGCACCUGCGCUUGUCCCUGAACGGCCACGGGCAGUGCCACGUCCAGCACCUGUGGUUCCAGUCGGUGCUUGACAUGCUGCGUCACUUCCACACCCACCCUAUCCCGCUGGAGUCCGGGGGCUCCGCAGACAUCACCCUCCGCAGCUACGUGCGGGUCCAAGGCCCCCCGCCUGACCCGGGGCCCUCGCCCAGCGCCGCGCCGGCGCCCCCCGCCUGCUGGAGCGAGCCGGCCGGCCAGCACUACUUCUCCAGCCUCGCUGCCUGCCCGCCCGCCUCUCCCUCCGAGGCCGGCGGCGCCUCGUCCUCUUCCGCCUCCUCGUCCUCGGCCGCCUCCCUGCCCGCCGCCCCGCGCACCACGGAGGGCCUGCUGAGCGCUCGCAGCCGCAGCAACAGCGCCGAGCGGCUGCUGGAGGCGAGCGGUGCCGAGGAGCCCCCGGAGGCCGCGCCCGGCGACGGAUCCCGCGGCCGCACGCGCGCGGUGGAGAACCAGUACUCCUUCUACUAGCCGGGCGCCACGGCCCUGGGCCCCCGGACCCGCCUGGCCACCGCCCUCGUGGCCGUCCGUCCAGCGGACCCUGCUUCCCUGCAGGUGUCGGCCCCAGUCCAGCGCUGGGUGGGAAAAGCGAAGCUCUUCAAUGAAGACAUAAAUGUUAUUAAAGAGCCUGUUUUAGGGACUGCACCUGGCUCUCCUGUUGUCCUUUCUUCUAUCCUGGCCAAUGGGCACCGCUCCUUCUGGGACUGAAGGGGAGAAGGGGGUACCACGUGUGGGACCCCCUAUUAAGUCCACCGUGUCCUGGCGCCUGCCAAGCCCCCACCCAGCUCUGUAUUUAGGGGACCCAGCUCCCCAUUUGGCUGGGGAGACAACUGGCAGUAACUAAAUGAGG